GGCGAUUCACCGCCACGCCACCAGUGGUUCCUGGGACAGCAACGAGAAAAGUGCUCAGUGGCCCGUCCUGCGACAUCAAAGAAAGACACUUUGAAUCAUUCUUGUCUCUUUGGUUGAGAAUUCUCUGCCCUGCGGGAAAUUCUCAAUCCUAGUCUACCUUUCUUUUGCAAGUUUUAUUAGUAAGGUAUCCUCCGAGAUGCUGAACAUUCCCGGCCUGUGUGGCAUCGUCGUCUUCUACCUCCUGAUUUUAGGCAUCGGGGUCUAUGCCGCCUGGAAGAGGAGAGCCAAGGGCAGCUCCUCUGACGAGGUCAUGCUCGCCGGAAGAUCGAUUGGGCCCGUCAUUGGCAUCCUAACUAUGACAGCGACGUGGGUAGGGGGCGGGUACAUCAAUGGAUCGGCCGAGAAGGUGUUCGACAUGGGAUUAAUCUGGUGCCAAGCCCCGUUUGGGUAUGCGAUAUCCCUGGCAAUAGGAGGAGCCUUCUUCGCCGUGCCCAUGCGCAAGGCCGGAUACGUGACGAUGUUGGAUCCCCUACAGAACACCUUCGGCAGGCGAAUGGGCGGACUCCUUUACUUCCCAGCCCUCUUGGGGGAAACUUUUUGGUCGGCCGCCAUUUUGUCAGCUCUAGGCUCAACAUUGGCUGUCAUCCUGGACAUCGGUAAUGAAAUCUCUAUCUUAGUGAGUGCUGCUAUUGCUGUCACUUACACACUUUUUGGUGGCUUGUAUUCGGUGGCUUUCACAGACGUUAUACAGCUUUUCUGCAUCUUUAUGGGUCUGUGGCUGACUGUGCCUUUCGCUUACGCCCACGAGGCAGUGGGCUCCCUAUCUCUCAAUGAGACAGACUGGCUGGGGAGCAUCGAGUCCACAUCACCUGAAUGGGGCCUCUGGAUUGACUAUUGGCUGCUGCUCAUCUGUGGUGGCAUCCCGUGGCAGGUAUACUUCCAGCGCGUCCUCUCCUCCAAGUCACCUCGCCAUGCCCAGAUAUUGUCUUACAGUGCAUCUUUCGGCUGCAUUUUGAGCGCUGUACCCGCCUGCAUUAUUGGAGCCAUCGCUAAGGCCACCGACUGGACUGCAACUGGAUUUGGCCACCACCCAGAAGGAUAUGAGAAGAAGCUUGUUCUACCUUUGGUCAUGCAAUACCUUACGCCCGUUUGGGUUACUUUCCUUGGACUUGGUGCAGUUAGUGCAGCUGUUAUGUCAUCGGCAGAUUCCUCUGUUCUUUCAGCGUCAUCAAUGUUUGCCAGGAACAUCUACAAGAAUGUCUUCAGACCGCAGGCGAGUGACCGCGAAGUCAUCUGGGUCAUGAGAGCAGCCAUCAUAGUCGUCGCCAUCAUUGCUUCGACCAUUGGCAUUCUGAUCAACAGCAUUUACUACCUCUUCAAACUGUGCGGAGAUCUGGUCUUCGUGAUCCUGUUCCCACAACUACUGAUGGUUGUACACUUCAGGGAACAUGUGAAUACUUACGGCUCCUUCAUGGGGUUCAGCCUCGGGUUCAUUGUGCGUCUUCUGGGAGGAGAACCCUACAUUGGAGUGCCUGCAGUCAUUCAUUACCCAUUCUUUGACGUGGAAAAGGGCCAGCAGAACUUCCCCUUCAGGACAGUGUCAAUGCUUGUGUCUUUAGCAAGCCUCAUCAUUUUCUCAGUCGUCCCAAAGAUACUCUUCACUAAAGGGAUCGUCUCUGACAGGUUCGACGUGUUCGAGUGCUUCAAAGCCUUGCCUCCCAAGAGCUGCGACGACACGGAGGAACUGGCGACGGACAACAGCGCUUACCACCACAACCUGGCCUUCUCCAAACCCGCCGAAGUCGACGCCAAGUCGCCCCACGACAACCUACUAGCGGCCACCUACACCGAACCCAAGGAACCCAACGGAAUCGUGAACAAAGUGUGAACAAGUUCUAGCGGACCUCAUAAGAGUCUUAGAUUAUUAUUUUCUUCUUAUUUUUUUCUAAAAAAAAAUGAUGAUUCACCAUAAACAUAGAUUUAUAUUAUAUAUAUAUAUAUAUUACAAAUACAUAUAUUUUUGUCACGUGUUCUGUUAUGGGCGCUUGCAGAAUGGAUGUACUAGUACUACGCUGAGGGCACAAGGACCUGGAGUAUUUACGAGAUAUAUAUAUAUAUAUAUAUAUAUAUAUAUAUAUAUAUAUAUAUAUAUAUAUAUAUAUAUAUAUAUAUGCAUACAUAUUUUAUAUAUUAUAUAUGUGUAUUCAAAGCUUUAUGUCAAAGCAUCCUAGGGUUAACAGUUCAGCCCACCCCGCCACCCCCAGGCCAAAGCCUAGACCGAGUGGAAACUAACCAGGAAAAGAAUAUUGCUUUGUGGUUCUGUUAUGAUGUAGUUUUCUAUUUUCUCUUAAAAGGUUAGUUAAGUACACACAAACGCGCGACGAAGAGUUUUUAUUUUUUUUUUUAAAUAUUUUACGAGCCGCUGGUGUAUUAACACAAGCUUCGCCUGGGAGGCUGAAGACCCAAAUAAGGAACUUCUUGUCACCCGUAUAACUCUUGGUACUCUAUCUGACAAUGCUAGACUUCGUUUCCUCAGAGCUAACGAAGUUUCUUGAUACGUAGCCAAGCACAGGACUCAAUGACAUGGUGAUUAUCUGUUAAACAUUUGUCCUCGUGACAAUUCACACAGAAAGCACAGAGGAACUGAAUGGUUAAGUAUUUACUGAAUGAAUUACUAGUGAAUACUAGUAGGACUGGAGUUGAAGUUUUUUUUUUUGUCAUGUGUAGCAAUGAAAGAAGAAGACAACAGAGAGAGGGGAGAGUUCGAAGAAAUAUUUAAUUGUUUUUGUACUGCAAAUAGGAAACUUGGAAGCAAAACUUGGUAGCCAGAGUUCUCCAGUGGUAAGUUGAAUGGUUUGGUGGGCACAUUAGCCCACUCCAAGCACGAACAACCACAGCUUUCCCUGGCUACGCAAAAGAUAUUUAAUGAAAAGAAGCUCUAUAAUGCUUCCUGGUUGUUCCAAAUCAUCUGAAAUUCAUAUUAAAAUAAGGCCUUAGUAAGAAGUGUGAUGUUUUUGUCAAUAAAAACACUCAAUGAUGACUGAAAUAUCGCAGUAAAUGUAAGGAAAUUAUCAAAACAAAAAUUUGCUGGAUGCCAAAAUGAUGACCCACGUACCACAGUCAUAGGACUCGAAAAAAAUCCAUAAAAAAACCGUAAACAGGAUUACUGAUUCAUCUAUGAAUCCUGUUUAUUCUGGUCAAAAUAGAAGUCUGUCAUCUCCAACUGAGUAAAAAAUAAUCCGGGAAUAAAGAAUCCUACACCGUAACUCUCGGGUAUGUGAAGGGAGAACGAAGUUGUAUAUUACAAAUAUUCUUCCAAACUGAGAGACUAAAUUUUAAAGAUUUAUGGUUGAUACAGUGUUGAAAGAAGCAAGGAUGACGAAGAAGUAACACCAUCAAAAGUGACAAAUGAAGUUGCAGAACAAGGAAACUUACUAACCAGACGUUGACCAGAUAAGACAGGUAGAUAGAUUUGUGUUCAGUGAGUGGCUUUGUUAUUCAAUGAAAACCCAUCUUUCCGAUGAAGGCCUUGUGAGAGAUGUUUUCAAUUAUUCUUGAAUUUACCACAGGGUAAAGUUAGACGUAUCUGACUGAACUGUUUUGAUGGAACUGUGAUACUGGCAGCGAGUAUUGGUUAUGGCGUUGGUUCAAUCCGAGAGAAAAGCAAUCUCCCUGCAAGGUAGCUUAAACUGAAAGUAGUUUGAAUUCCACGUUUAUAUGUAAGGUCCCGAGAAUAAGAUUAGAUUUUUGCACCGGUGACACAAAAAUGCACCUGAAAAUAGGAGACAGGUUACUAAUGUAAUAUCUGUACUAUUCUGGAACCGGAUGAAUAUACGACUGACUUGAACUUUAAAGUCGAGACCCUUUGAUCGAUCACUCAAAGAUGCAGUUGGCGUUGUAUUGACUGAUCACUGGUCUGAUGUAGACUUGAAGACUACGUCUGUUUACUCUGCUCUGGCCUUGUAAGAUCAUUUAACCCUCCGUGAAAAGAUAUGUCACAACUUUUUAUGAUCAAUAUGAUAUGAACGCCAUGUGGAAACCUUAUUCAUUUAAAGGUAUGCUUGCAAAGGCUUCUGGUAUACGCUUUUGAAUAAUGAAAAAUGAACAUAGCAUAAUUGCAAUUAUGUACUUUCCUCUAUGGCGAGGGACUGAGGAUAAAUAUCUAAAACAUGUCAUUUUUAAAAUAUUCUACUCUAUUAAUUUAUUCCAUAAUGCAGAAUUUUUGUCGAGUGUGUCUUCGUUUCUUUGUAAUGUCUUGCAGACAGCGGAUUUAAACCCAGACUUGUUUGAGUAUGACAACAACCAGUCUUGUCUGCGUUUUGGAACCUUAAGAACAUCUUUUGUGGAUAUUAACUUUGAAGCACCAGAUGGUUAAAUGAUCAGCAUAAAUUUGUCGACUGCCAUUGUUAGACAAAUCACACAGGCACCAGAAUAAACUGAUUUCACAUAUCACAGAUUUCGGUUUCAGGUAGAAGUUGAAAGGGGAUCUCAUAAUAAAAUGUGAGGUUCAUCAAGUGUAUUGCAAUUGUUUUUGUAAAGUAAUCAACGAAAGCAUUUUUUCUCUCACAUUAAUAAAAUCUUGUAAAAUAUG